UCCGCUCGAUUAAUUUUAUUCAAAAGCCGUGCGACUCGGUGUGUUUCUAUUGGGUUUUACUUUAGAAGGCGGAGUCUUGGAAGCAAACAGGUCACUUUUAAAAAUUAAACCUUUUGAAUAACACACUGAAGCUACUUAUCAGAUGAUAGCGUGGAAAGGAGCGUCCUAUUUCUCUUCUGGCUCACGGAGAAGAAAUAUUAAGCCGACUGUGAUGGUUUUGUUUCUAGUGACAAUGACAGAACAUCAUUUUACGGAUACGCGAGUUUGCAGAAUUUAUCUGGAGGGAAUCCAACACGAGGUGUGAGAAUCCCUCGGACUCGGGACGAUUACGCCGGAUUAGGACAGAUCUAAAGAACAUCGAUUGGAAAACAUUGAUCAACCCCGGUACAGAUCUAUACUGUUUUUAAUUACGAGCGGAUUAAAGCGUCAAAAGAUGAUUUAUUUAGGCAUGAAAACGAGAUUAUUUCUCGUAAACGAAAUAAAUUGAAUCACAUUGGAGUUGUCCUUUACUUGAAGUUUAUUCCGCGAGAUUGGACAUUAUGGGUAUCAGGUAUUGACGGUUAACGUAAACAGUUAAUUCAAUAUAUUAUAUCCCCGGCUCGUUCCUGGAAUGAUAAGAUACACUUGGAGUUUGAUCGUUUUUCACCAAGCGUGUUAGCUGUGAUAUCGGAGCCUGCAAUUUUACCCUUCGACAUGAAGCUAUUGCAGAAUUGCAUAUUAAUGCUGCUUGUGAUUCAAGCUCACGCUUUGGAAGUAACCUACUACCUUGCAGAAGAAUCAGGAAAUCGAGUACUUGUCGGAAAUGUUGCAAUCGAUACUGGACUAUCCAACAACAUAAACAGCCUACAGUACAGUCUGCUCCAGUCGGGAUACCCUGCGGCAAAGUUGUUCAGCAUCUCAGAAGAUCAGGGUAAACUGUACACGAACGCCACGAUAGACAGGGACACACUCUGUGAAUUCCAAGACCAAUGUGUGCUCAAUCUGGUGGCUGUUGCGUCAAACUCCGACACGGGGGAUUUCUUUAAGAUUAAAAUAUACGUUAACAUUUCAGACAUAAAUGACAACUCGCCCAUAUUUCCAAAGAGCACUGUCAAUAUUCUGAUAUCAGAAGACACCGUUAUCAACUCUAUUUAUUCUCUUGAAGGCGCCGUGGAUUUAGAUACUGGUAUCAACUCUGUGAAGAGGUAUCAGACCUCAUCGCACGAUUCCCCAUUCCAAGCUGUGGCCGACAUGUUUCCUGAUGGACGAUCCAUGUUGAAACUUAUCCUUAAACAAACAUUAGAUCGCGAAACAAACCCUACCCAUCUGGUUCGAGUGUUGGCUUAUGACGGCGGUAGUCCACCAAAUACAGGCACACUCACCGUGAAUGUAACAGUAGGAGAUAUUAAUGAUAAUUACCCCUUAUUCUCCAAACCCUCGUACAAUGUUACAAUAAUGGAUGAUCUUCCCGUGGGCUCUUUGAUAGUGAAGACUUUUGCAAGUGAUAAGGAUGACGGCCCCAAUGCUGAAGUGCAAUAUCAAAUAAGCUCACGGCAAUCUGAGGCCAUUUUUCAAACCUUUCUUAUGAACGCAACAACAGGGGGAAUAUUUCUCAAGCAAUCACUCAUUUCUGGUUCUCAAGAAAGCUACAAAAUUCUUAUAGAGGCUAGCGACAAGGGUAAUCAGCCUCUGAUAUCAAAAUCGCAAGUCUUUGUGCGCGUGCAAGACAAUCACAAUAACUUUCCGGUGAUCAAUGUUAACGUUUUGUCUGGAUCUGAUACUGCUGAAGUCUCUGAGCACGCCAGUCAGGGUACAGUAGUGGCACACAUAGCCGUUAAAGACCCCGACACCGGGGCAAAUGGUCUGGUAACGUGUGAUGUUAUCAGCGACUAUUUCAAGAUCCAAAAGUUUGAAGAAAACGAGUACAAAGUUGUAGUCUUUGCGUCAUUAAAUCGAGAAACCAGGGAUAGCUAUGAAGUUACUGUUAAUUGCAGGGACGCGGGCAGCCCACCAAGAGAGACUAAUUCCACUUUUCCUGUCAUUAUCGUAGAUGAAAAUGACAAUGCCCCUCGCUUUGAAAGAAAACAAUAUCAGGCUAAUAUAGCUGAAAAUAACAAUGUAGGUAUUAGUCUAUUAACGGUUUCCGCAGCAGAUGACGACAUUGGCAUUAAUGCUGAAAUCAGAUAUACUGUGUCUAAAGAAGCAGAAGGUAUAGUAAGCAUCACUGAAGCUACUGGUAGUUUGGUCCUAAAGAAAUCAUUAGAUAGAGAACAGCAGACACGGAUCGCAUUCUAUGUCUAUGCUACUGAUUCUGGAAAUGUUCCAUUAACCGGAACUACUACUGUGAUUAUAGAUGUCAAAGACGUAAAUGAUAAUGCCCCUACAUAUCUAGAUGUCGUCUCAAAAUUCACAGUAUCGGAGAAUUUAGCUGGGCCCAGAGUAAUAGGAACUGUUUCUGCGUUCGACAAGGACGAGGGGAUCAAUUCAGAAGUGAGGCAUUAUCUGAUGACCCCAAAUGGCCGCGAGCCUCCUCCCUUCGAGGUGAAAGAAAACGGGACUGUGUUUGUAACCCGAACCCUCGACCGGGAAACUGUCGCUUUGUAUGACUUAAAAAUCAUAGCUAUGGAUAAGGGAGUCCCUGCAAAAACGGGUACUGCUUUUAUACAUAUCAUUGUGAAGGAUAAGAAUGACAACGAACCGACCUUCAUCUUCCCCAGCGAAGCAAAUAGGUCCAUCACCGUUCCAUUAUCAACGGUACAAAACACAGUGGUUGCUUCGUUGUCUGCAACUGAUAAAGAUAUAGGUGUGAAUGCACAAUUAAUAUACUACACAGAUGAUCGGAAUAUGACUAAGAACUUCAUCAUUAACAGCGCCAGUGGUGAAAUCGUGCUUAUACGCACAUUAGACUCUGAUGACCUUGGAUUCUUUCAAUUUAAGGUCAAAGUCAGAGAUGCAGGUGAUGAAACACUAACAACAGAAGACACUUUGCUCAUAACUGUGAUAGCAGACUCAGUUACUAACGAUUCGAGUUUUUCUCGAUACUAUGUGAUAGCUAUCAGCAUGUCGACAGUGACGAUUGUCUUGGCCAUUGUGAUAAUAGUUGCAAUAUAUUUAUUACGAAAAGCAGACAGCAAUAAAAGAAAGCGAAACGACAGUGCUCGCUCAACAACUGACAUAGUGAGCAAAGAAAUAGAAGACCCCGGUUUCUAUGACAACUCUCCCCCACUCCCUAAAGAGGUCUUUUAUCCACCCGGUUAUCACUUGGGCAGCAGGCAGUUUUUCCCUAUUGAUCGAUCAAUCUCGGUUCAGGUUCCACCAACAAUCCCGGAAGCUGACCCCCUUCCUAAAAUCCCGAGUGACCCGGCAUUGUGGGAAGGAUGUGAAACCGUGAACGAAAACGAAAGAAACCGAAACCAACUAAUGACCCUGCAGUACCACCAGUCACUAAUGAGAAUACAAAGCGUCAAGCGCUCCAAUUCGACAAUUUGACGAAUUGGCAGUUGAACCAUAGCAAGUAUUAAUUAGAUCUAUCUUCCCCCAUGGGACUGCUCUUCACAAGAAAUAAACUAACAGAGAAUGUAUUAACAAGGAGAUUAUUUGACUGUGUAAAUAUGGCGAGCAACUGAGAAAAAUCUCAACAUAAAUAUUGAUUCACCUGUUUUUACAAACUGAUACGAAAGUUAUACAUGGAACAAAAGCUUCUUAUGCAGAUGAAAACGGAAGCCGAUCUUGUGUAAGCACGCGACGAAUCAGGUCGAAGAAGGCCGAGCAAUGACGAAUAAACACAGCCCCGAGAAAUGACAACCAAUCGAACAGUAAUCGUCGAACUGAUGAAAAUGACAAAUGUACCCGAAGUUCCACAACCGGAAACCUGGUAUUUCGACCAGCCCAGAAACUGACAAUUUUGGCUUUCAGAACAGCAAGCUUCCAAUAACUAGACAAUUAUCUUUUCUGCUUAGUUGUAAAUGGUGUGCCAAAGGCUUAGUGUGAACCCCUUAAUGGAUGGAAGAAGAGAUUUUAUUGCAAUAAUUGAGAUGAUUUUCAUAAAAUUAUGUCUGUGUGUAUGAUAGUGAGAGCUCUUAAAUUGUUGAUGGCAUAUUGUAUUGUUAUGUUAAUAUGGUGCUAUAAAAUGUUAUAAAAUUGGAUUAAAAAUUCAUCAAAUUGAA